AUGCAUUCACAUCCCGGCGGUGCUGAUGCCGCCAGUCGUAACAAGAUCAUAUAUAUGCCUGGAUUCCCUCCCAACUCACGAUGGGAGCUCAUCGACAACUACGCUAACCACUGCGGUGGAAUUAAGUGGACGAAUGAAAGGAUUCAAGCGGCGGACGGGACAGACCUGGCAAUGGCCGUUACAACCGUCCCGAUGCAAAAGGGAAAGUUCCCUACAGAUAAGAAGGAUGCGAGGGCCCAUGUAUAUGUUCUCUACUUUCAAGGUUUGGUUCCUCAUAUCAACGUGUCGUUCCGGGACUCGCAGCUGAUAUGGGCACCUAGGAAACGCCGCUUCGAUACCGCCACGAUUGCCGGAUCUGUCAUGGGUGCUUCGAAACGUUAUUGGACAUCCCGGGGCCGGCCCUCGGAAGCUGGUCUCAGGCGAGAUGCUGAAGCCGGUGCACGCUGGAUUUCCGAAUACCAUAAACAACUGUACGGACCAGACAGGGAUGCUCCUCUACCCAUUCUUCUGCUCUGGGGACAAAGCAUCGGUUGCGGUGUGGCCACCAACCUUGCUGCGACAGGCAAGAUUCCACAGAAUUUGUCAGUCCGAGGCUUGCUCCUCGAGACCCCGUUCUUGUCGGUCAGGACCAUGUUGGAGACGCUCUACCCUCAAAAGUGGCUUCCAUACAAACACCUUUGGCCGUUCUUACGCAAUCAUUUGGAUAGUUGGACAAACAUGGAAACCAUUGCCCAGGCCGCGAGGGAAAAGGGAAGUCCGCCGCCAAGUAUGUACAUCCUUGAGGCCGAAAGAGACGAGUUAGUUCCCCCAGAACAUGCCGAGCGUCUGCUCGAAAAAUGCCAGGACCUAGGCUUGCCGGUUGAACGGGUCAAGUCUCCGGCGGCGUUUCACAGCGAUGCCAUCAUGAGAGUCGAAGGCAAGAGACUAGCUGCCCUUGGCAUUGUGCGACUGACCCAGAAAACAUUAGAUGUCGGCUGA